AUGUCGAAGCAGGAGAGCGACACCGGGAGCAACAUCAAGAAGGGUCAGGUUGAGGCCAUCGAACGCGAUGCGCCUGACGAUGACACCCCGCCCCCGCUCACUCCAGAGCAGGAGCGCAGGCUCUGGCGCAAGGUCGACAUGCGCCUCUUGCCCAUACUCACUAUCAUGUAUCUCUGCUCCUUCUUGGAUAGAGGAAAUAUCGGAAACGCCAAACUGCAAGGACUGACGACCCAGCUUGAUCUCACGGGUAAUAAGUACAAUAUUGCUCUGACUAUGUAUUUCAUACCCUACUGCCUCUUCGAAUGCCCAGCGAAUCUGGUGCUGAAGAAGUUCCGCCCCUCAAGAUGGCUCCCAGGCAUCACACUGCUCUGGGGCACGAUCAUGGCGCUCAUGGGUCUCGUAAAGACGUAUCCCCAGCUCGUCGGCACACGCGUCGUCCUUGGCGUCACCGAGGCAGGGCUUUUCCCCGGUGUCGUCUACUACCUGACCCUCUGGUAUCCGCGCCACAUGUUGCAGUACCGCGUCGGCCUCUUCUACGGUGGCGCUACCAUCGCGGGCGCGUUUUCGGGCCUGCUUGCGUUCGGCAUCUCGUUCAUGUCCGGCACCGCGGGCCUGCUCGGGUGGUCCUGGAUCUUCAUCAUUGAGGGCAUCGCUACGGCUGUUGUCGGAUUCAUUGCGUUCUUCGUCCUCGUCGACUUCCCCGACACCGCCACGUUCCUCACACCUGCGGAGCGUGCGUACGUCAUCUGGCGCAAGAAGUACGACACGUCGUCCGUCGGCGAGGAGGAGCACUUCGCGAUGCGCCACAUCUAUGAUGCGCUCGCGGACUGGCAGGUGUGGCUCCAAAUCCUCAUCUUCAUGUCUGUCGUCGCGCCGCUGUAUGGGAUCUCGUUGUUUUUACCGACGAUUAUCAAUACAUUCGGCUACGACACCGCCAUCAGCCAGCUACUCACCGUCCCACCCUACGUCUUCGCCACGAUACUCCUCCUCACGUUCGCGAUCUGGUCGGACAGGAUCAAGGUCCGCUUCCCGUUCAUCUUCGCGGGGCUCGUCAUCGCGCUCGUCGGCUUCGCGAUUAACAUCUCCGCUGUACCCGGCGGCGUCAAGUAUUUUGGCACGUUCUUCUGUGUCGCGGGUACCUAUGCGGCGUUCCCCGGAGUCGUCGCGUGGCUGGGCAACAACAUCGCGGGUCAGUACAAGCGCGGCGUCGGCAUGGCGCUCCAGAUCGGGCUUGGGAACUUCGGCGGCGCAAUCGCGUGCAACAUUUACCUCUCCAAGGACUCCCCGCGUUACAUCAUGGGCCACGCCCUCGAGCUGAUGUUCAUUGGCAUCGGCUUCAUCGUCGUGCCCAUCACCGUGUUCAACUACCGCCGCAUCAACGCGCGCCGCGACAGGCUCCUGCGCGAGGCAGGAGAGGAGGGCAUCAAGUACACCAGGGAGGAGCUCCUUCGCAUGGGGGACCGCGCGCCCGAGUUCCGGUACACCCUUUGA